CAUACGUUUUUAACUUUAACAAUUCUGGUUUGAAACCAACAUAAAAAAUGUUAUGACCCAUAAACUGAUACACCUUAGAAUAAACCUUUAGAAUUUUACAUAUUGUUUAGAGAAGCUAUGCCUAUUUUUAUUUAUUUAUUUAUUUCAAUUUUUAGACAAUUUUCACACCUUGUCUUUUGUUUAUUCUUGGAUUUUUUUUUUUUUUUUUUUGUUGUUAGUAUCUACAUUUUUGAAUGGUUUCAGAUUAUUUGUGGAACUGUUGUGAAAUAAAAUAAAAAGUACAUCUGUAAAAUAAAGAGGCUGGGGUUGUACCAAAAACAUAGAUAUGAAGCAUAGCCACACAAAAAAAACUGUUUUAAAUAUACUUUUUUUAGAACAAAUUGUAAAUUAGUAAAAACAGAGAAAAGUACCCUAGAAUACUAAGGAUUAAUACAUUUAUAUUUAUAUAAAAAAGAAGCUGGAUUUACUUCGAACUUUGAGGUAUCCAGAGUUUCAGUCUCAUUUCAGCACCAAGGACAGCGUCAUUGCUGCUGCCUGCAUUUCUCUGCUGCAGGCAUUCCAACAGAGUGGCAGCUAUGAUAGUUACUGUUAACUUUUUUUGUUGAAAAGAAAUCACAUACAAUUAAAGACCAAAACCCUCAAAAAAAAUUGUAAAAAAAAAAAUAAUAAUAAAAUCCCUAAACCCCCCAAAAGUUAAGCCAUGCAAGAUUCCUUAGGAUAUUAAAGGACCAUUGUACGGUGGCCCUGAAGUGUAAAUCACACCACCAAAUCUCUCAAAGAAAAAACAUAAAGAUAAUAACCAUAAUUAAAAACAUAAAACAAAUGCUAAAGGAAAACAUCAAUUUAAAAAAAUCAAAAUGACAACCAAAAUGAAAUAAAAAUGAAUAAUUUCUGAAAACUAAAGUAAUUUUCAAAAUAAAAUGUUAAUGAAACACGACAAGAGCCAGAAAAAGAUAGGUAGUGUGGGACAUUGCUGAUUAGAAGAUGAUGUUUAAUUUUCCUUCAAUAUUAAAAGUUUUAAUUUUAAUACUUUGCAUAUCCAGUAUCACUUCAUGCCAAAAAACUUUCAUUUGAAAUGACGUCAUCAUCCAAUCAGCAACGUCCCAACAUUGUGUUUCGAGAAUUUUCUUUUGAUUUUUAAAAUGUGUUUUUAUUAUGUUUUUUUUGUUUGUUUUGCUUUUUGAUUUGUCUGUGAUCUUUCAAAUUUUUUGCGUCGAGUGAUUUGUUGGUGUGAUUUGGACUUCAGGGCCACAGUAGGAUAGACAGGAGUUUGCACAUCACCAAACAUGGGAAAAGACGGAAAAACCUUUAUUACUAUAAUUAAAAAAAAAAAAAAAAACCUAAUGUAUUAUGUGAUCUAGUUACUAAUUCCUCAACCUACAGCAAUUUGAUUUAUAUCAUAAUUCUGGGUUGCCGAUCCGAUUUAUAGUCAAUAUCGGUUAAUUUUGACCAAUCCGAAUGGAUCCGAUUCACUGACCCACGAUUAAUAAGACCUCUUUAUCCAAAACUUUAACCAGUGUGACUCAGAGAUACAAACCUAGUACUGAACAGUGCAGGUGAUGUUUUCCAGAUUCCUUAUAUUUCUUCUAAGAUGACCAAAUGUAAAUUGAAUAUGUGUACAAACAAAUAAACAGUAAUUAAUGUCAAAUUAAAGUUCAGCUGUUUUUCCACAUAAAAACAUGUUUUACGUUAUUGUAAAAUAAACCUAUAGAAUAUCUCAAUACAAAUUGUAUUUUCCAAUAUUUAUAUAAUCACUAUAUUUUAUUUUAAAAUAAUUUGUGUAUAAUGGUUUAAUUGUAUAGAUCGAUUUGAUUAACGACUUGUAUCAGACAGAUCGAUCUGUUUGGAUCAUAAAGGAAAAUAAAUCGAUUCUGUGUAAAACUUUUUUUUCCCGGUAGAAUAAAAGUUUAAUUAGAAUUUACGGUGUUGAAAGUUAUUUUUGUUCCAUCUUCCUAAAAUGACUAAAAAAAUAAUAAAAAAAUAAAAAAACCGCGCCACCCCUGCAUUUAAGUCAAGCUGCACGCCUGUUCCAGCUCCUGCAUCAUCGUCUCACCAGAAGAGGGCAUUCGGAUUCUGGCUGACAAACUAGUUUUGACAUGCUGACGUGAUUAACAACAGCCUCUCUAGCUGCAUUUGAAAGCGUUAAACUGCGAGCAUGAGGGGAACGCUUUGGCUUAAAGAAGGAAAAUCAGGAAGGAUGCUUGGAGUCAUUUUUUCUUCUUCCCAGUCUAACUCGCUGGUGAUGCUUCGCGCUGACUUGGACAUGACCUACCAUUAGUUUUGCUUGUGCGCCAUUCACGGAUCGGACUCAGCAUCCAUCUGAACAGAGAGACCAGGGGGAGGUUUACCGGGGAUCCACUUCCUAUCUACCUGCAUCAAACCACCACCGGGGUUUUGGGGAAGUUUGGAGCCGGAUUUUCUCUGCGCAUGUGAGACUGACUUCCGUUGGAUGUGGUUAUUCUCAUCGUCUGCUGCGGCGUUCUUCUUCUUGGCACUUACUUAAAAAAAAAAAAAAGGAGAGCGAUCAGUUGCUUCCAAGAGGGGGAAAAUUUGAAGCCGGAUUUGCGCGUCUUCAAUCUUUUGGAGUAAAUGACAUUCGUCCCGGUUCGGUUGCGUUACUGUAGAUGUAGAACUGAAUCGGAUAACACAUCCAGGUCCGGGCGAGUGAGGGGAAGGUGCGCUUUGGAGUCGGCGGCUGCGCGGAGCCGGAGCAGUGGAUCAGGACGCUACCUGCCUGUGGAGAGCGCAUCAUGCGGAGUCGGAUGUCGCGCGCAAGGAGCCAUUAAAACCUGGAGCUAACAGAUAAGCGGAUAUGGGCUCUGCUCUACGGCGUCGCUGGUUAGUGCUCCAGCUCCUGAUGCAAGUGUGGUUGGCAGCAAAUCCGUCACUGAGUGAACGUCAGUGCCCCAAGAGUUGUCGAUGUGAUGGAAAAAUUGUCUACUGUGAGUCAAGCGCCUUUCGUGAUGUCCCCAAGAACCUUUCAGGUGGCUGUGAAGGCUUGUCUCUGCGGUACAACAGCCUCUCCAGUCUCCGCGCUGGCCAGUUUGUUGGCCUCAACCACCUCAUUUGGUUGUAUUUGGAUCAUAACUACAUUGCCUCUGUGGAUGGAAUGGCGUUCCAGGGUAUCCGGAGGCUUAAAGAACUGAUCCUGAGUUCCAACAAGAUCACAUCCCUCCACAACACCACAUUCCACCCUGUCCCCAACUUGCGCAACCUAGACUUGUCUUACAAUAAACUGCAAGCCUUGCAGCCCGGGCAAUUUCAGGGCUUACGGAAACUCAUGAGUCUUCACAUACGUUCAAAUUCUCUGAAGGGUAUUCCAAUGCGUCUGUUCCAAGAUUGCAGAAACCUUGAAUUCCUAGAUCUGGGUUAUAACCGUCUGCGCAGUAUCAGCCGGAAUGCUUUUUCCGGCCUGGUCAAACUGACGGAGCUGCAUCUGGAGCAUAAUCAAUUCUCAAAGAUCAAUUUCUCUCACUUUCCUCGCCUCUAUAAUCUGAGGGCUCUUUACCUGCAGUGGAACCGCAUCCGUACAAUGAGCCAGGGCCUGACCUGGACCUGGGCCUCCGUUCAGAAACUAGAUCUGUCAGGAAAUGAGUUGACAGAACUCGAUGCUGAAGUUUACCAGUGCUUUCCCAACCUGCAGACCCUCAACCUGGAUGCCAACAAGCUCACCAAUGUUUCUAAGGAGGUGGUGGAUGCUUGGAUCUCUUUGACUAUGAUAAGCUUAGCUGGAAAUGUAUGGGACUGUGGCCCUGUCAUUUGUCCUUUGGUGGGAUGGCUACGAAACUUCAGAGGGGCAAAGGAGACGACCAUGAUCUGUGCCUCUCCGAAGAAAGCCCAGGGGGAAAAAGUGAUCGAUGCUGUGGAAGCUUUUGGUGUUUGCCAAUCGAAUCAAGUGACAACCCUCACAGUGAGUACUCCACCUAAACCAUCCAGUGUUCCAGUGCAGACAGAUCCCCGCCCGGACGUUUUGGCUUUACCAACCAACUCUGGAAAAAGAGCAGAGGGAUCUCUCAGGGGUCCAACAUCAUCAGCAGUUACCCCACCCGUUGCACCACCAGCAGAACAAGACUUGGAGCCUGUGUCUUUUCACAAGAUUGUGGCUGGAAGUGUUGCCCUGUUCCUAUCCGUUGCAAUGAUCCUGCUGGUGAUCUAUGUUUCCUGGAAGCGCUAUCCGAGCAGUGUUAAGCAGCUGCAGGAGCACUCAGCAGCAGCUCGCAAGCGCCGCAAGAAACCCAGGGAGCAAGAGCGCACCCUCAGCUCUCCCCUGCAGGAGUACUAUGUGGACUACAAACCUACCAACUCCGAGGCUAUGGAUGUGCUCGUCAAUGGGACCAGUCAGUGCACGUACACCAUCUCAGGCUCCCGGGAGUGUGAGGUACCCCAUCAGAUGGGCGCCCUGGCCUUUUACAGAUAUGAGCAGCCUAUUGUGGACUACUGCCAGGCUCAUCAACCUCUGAGGCUUAAUGUGGGCUAUGAGGGACCACCUCAAGGCCUGGAGGGACUGGAAGAUCUGGGGCCGUGUGAGAGAGGCACUAUACAGACAGUAGCCCUGCCUGCUGUCCCCUCUGCUGCCAACAUAGCCCCCCCGGUGCCGGGACCUCGUUCCCCACCACCGAUUCUCAGACCACAGACUGACGGUCCCAUCAGUGGGCCGUUUCCACCCGCUGAGCGCACCGGCACACUGAAAUUUGGGCGCUAGUGAGUCUGGUUGUUACAAAUGAGGCCAAGGCCUCUGAUUCUCCAUGACCUUGAAGCAAGCCGCUGAGGUGGGGUUGUGUUUUUUGUUUUUUCAGUGGGGGCCUUGUUUUUAGCAGUACAUGAACUAACGGACUACAUUUUCAAAUUACCCCCAGAGGGAUCCGGCUUCUAGAACACACUGAAAUACCACGAUACAGCAUGAUGAGGCAUCUCUGUUCAUCAGUUCGAUUUUCUUUUCCAAGAGCACCUCAUUAAAAAACCCUUUACUACUGACUUUUAGGAGGCAGUUCAGCAGACGACAGGAAGGCAGCACCUCGAUUCCCAGAGGUGACGUUCAUCAUCUCUCGUGUCAGCAUAACGGCAUACCUGUUCUAGCAGCAGUUAGCUUGGCUUUCAGGUGUGAAAGGGAAAGUGCAAUAAACACGUCGCAAUCGGAGAAAACGCAGAUGACGGGAGGGACAGAACCAGCUGUUUGUUUGAGAAGCAGGAGGCUUCUUCCUACUGUGAUUAUUCUAAAAAAGAUGCAAGUCACUCGCUGUUGACAAAAAUCUGGAAUCCUUUUUUUCUUUUUUUUUUGCAGAAAUAGUCAAAACUAGAUUCUGUUUGUUUUGUUUCCGUAAAUGUUCUGAAUUCCAUUCAUGUGCAUGUUAAACCAAAGAGUUUAUUGAUAACUUUCUUUAUUGCACAUACGCAAAGGCUCUGCCAGCUUACAGUGAACCACCAAAGCCUUUGCUGAUUCUAGAUGAGCCAGGAUCGUCCACACAAGUGGUAUCCUCCAGUUCAUUGUCCAACCCAGUUAGUUGAUCUCAUUUUUAAAUUCAGACACCAGGUUGAUACGUUUUUAUGCACCGAUCCAUGAACAAAAAAAAAAAAAGCAGAUGGCUGUAAAUGAGUUUUUCAUCAUUCCGUAGGCAAUCAUGGGGACCUUUGGUGACGAUAAGUACCCUUGAACGAAAGCAUUGUACAUAUUACGGAAACGAAUAAAGCCACACUCACUGCCCCAAACGGCCCGUGGAAACAUUGCUGAGUCAAUGUUUGCGUUUCAUCAUCGGACUGUUUGAAGAGAGCGCCACUUCUGGACCGCGAAACGUUCAGUCCGAGCGCCUCCAUCACAGAGAACGACGAUGCACAGUGGGGGCACGUAGAACCAGCACGAUGACUUCGAGAAUAACCCCGCCGACGGUACCGGGAUUAUUGCCAGACAUUUAUCCCUUUUUUUUUUUUUGUUUUUUUUCCCCUCCUGAAAGCGUGCCUGCAGCACCGGACUUGUAUGCACUCAGUAACCCUUUGCCCACAGUCAAAAGCUCGUCAACACAUUGACUUGAAUCUGUUGAAGACUUCUAAUGCAACAGUUAUGACCUGUCAGCGAUGCGCUGUGGCUUAAUAAAAGCAGUGUACAGAAGUGUUUUUUUUUUCUACACCAGGGAGGGGCGGUUCUCCCACCGAUGAAACAUGCAGCUUUCAAAAGUGGAUGCAUCCUCAAAAUAGGAUUAUUUUUAGUUUGUUUUUUUAUGUUUCUUUUAUCAGUUCAAGAAGAAGAAGUAGAAGAAGGGACUGUUUCAAGGUGAUCAAGAUGAUGUCAAGAAAUUCUAUAAGACUCACGGACUAAAUCAGACAGAACUUAUUUAUCAUGUAAAUAAUAAAUCUUUAAAGAGGAGAAAACAAAAAAAAAGUAUGGACUUUGCUUCUUCUGAAACAAAGACUUUGUCGACAGAAGAGGAGCCUUAUUCACUUUCCAGUGGGAAUAUAUUAUUAAGACGACUUGGUGAGGUUCCUAUUGUAAUGCUCUUGUUGUUUCGAUGAUGAAUAUUUUUCUAUCUGCUCCACCUUCACAGCUCCACCUUUUGAAAACACAACUGAGGUUUAGUUCACCCAUGAAGAAGGAGCGAUCGGUAGCCUUGUUAAUGUGAUGCUCUCAGAGCGCCAUUUUGAUUUUCCUGUUUUGGUGGUGUUUUUUUUGUUUUGUUUUGUUUUGUUGGAAAACUCAUUUGGAAGGUGGCAGUUGCAUUAUCGGUUCCAUUCCACGCCGUUUCUCGAUUUGCCAUUUGAAGAUUUAUGCAAGGACAGGAAGUAUGCUUUUAUUAAAUGUACCAAGAUGUUUUAUUUUUCAUUGAUGUGCCAUGACUUAGUGAAGCAUUUCACCAAAAAUCCGACCCAAGCAACAAAGUGAUGCAGCACCAUUUCGUGGUGUCACAAAUAAGAAGGGGUUACGGUCCCUUCGUGUACAGGACAUUGCAUAAAAAAGCAGUUGAUUUGCUCAGUACGGUUGCUUAAUAGUGCUGGUGGAGUUUACUUUGUUCUAGCAGCUGUGCCAAUGUCUUUAUACUGGGAGCUCUGGAUUCUAUUCAUGUAUUGUCUUGCCUUGCUCUGUAUCACCCCUGAUAACUCCUUGGCCUGAAUUCAUGUCUGCCGCUUGGUGACUCAGGUGAACCUGUUUAAUGAUGUUCUAUUUUUGUCCGCAUGCUAAUAUGUUGAGAAACCUUGACCAGUCUGGGAGGAACGCUGAGCCAGAUACAAACAACGGGGGUGAUAUUUCCCAUCCAGACUGCCCUACAACUGGCAGUAGGCGUCGUAGGCCUCGCUCAGUUCAGCGCGACCCCCUUUUGGCUAACCGGUUUCCCCCUCUUUGCCCCACGUGAGGCAGGAUUUCCCCAGCGCUAGUGAAACUUCCGGUUGUGGUGCUCACUCCAGGGACAGCUCGGUAUCUCACGUGUCGUAAUUACUUCAGGUCUCAUAACAAUGAUAAUGCUUCAAUUCAGUCUGAACACAGAGAUCAAAGCAAGUCUGGCUGUGGUGUGUAAUUAAAAAAAUCCUAAUAAAAUCUUGGAACGAUCAUGAUUAAAUCCCUCACUAAUCAACAAUCCAUUAAUCACGACCACCUCCGUGAUAAAAUUGGACAUGUGCAACGGAAUGCUUGAAUCCUGUUGCCAGUAAUUAUUUAGUCUUUUGUCCGUUUCUUUUUUGCCAUGAGAGAGCUGGAAGGCACAAGCGCUGCAUGUUAAUGAUGCACGUUUGAGCUGAACUCCAGGACCGUCUGCGCUAGCUCCGCUAUGCCAAUAGGCCUGUUUUUUUCUUUUUUUUAAUCUUUUUCCCUUCUGAUUUGUUUGUUUAUGGUUUGUACACCCAAAGCUCUUCAACCCCCCCCACCCGCCUCUCCUUAAGUCUGUAGGCCCCAUUGGGAUCUUUUUGUUUCUCAUUUUUUGAUUUUUGCCUCUUUUUGUUUUUGCCGCGGGUAGAGUGAAUAAAGGGCUGAAGAAUGGCAGUAGAAAGUCGCAUUUUUCAGUGUUUACGCUGAGAGGAAAAGCUAAAUGCGCAUCACUGGGGGGGUGAGGCAAAGCAGAACAGAUGAAAAGACGAGACAAAGAUAUGGAGGGACAAAGAGGUCCGUGCGAGGACAAAUUAUUCUGCUGUAGUGAAGGCUUGCAGCCCUAUUUUAAAAAGGCUCAGGCUGCUUUACACUCACUGGCCUCUUUAGUAGGUAGGCACACCUGUUCAACUGCUCGUUAAUGCAAAUUUCUAAUCACCCAGUCACAUGGCAGCAACUCAGUGCAUUUAGGAUGGUAGACAUGGUCAAGACGAUCUGUUGCAGUUCAACCUGAGCAUCAGAAUGGAGAAGAAAGGAGAUUGAAGUGACUUUGAAUGUGGCAUGGUUGUUGGUGCCAAACGGGGUAGUCUGAGUUUUGAAGAAACUGCUGAUCUACUUGGAUUUCCACCCACAAACAUCUCUAGGGUUUACAAAGAAUUAUCAGAAAAAGACUAAAUAUCCAGCGAGCGGCAGUUCUGUGGGUGGAAAUGUCUUGUUGAUGCCAGAGGUCAGAGGAGAAUGGCCAGACUGGUUCUAGCCAAUAGAAAGGCAACAGUACCUCAAAUAACCACUAGUUACAGCAGUAGAAUAUCUCUGACAACAGGUCCAAACUUGAGGAAGAUGGGCUACAGCAGCAGAAGACCACACCGGGUGUCACUCCUGUCAGCUAAGAACAAGAAAAUGAGACUACAAUUCACACCGAUGCACCAAAAUUGGACCAUAGAAGAUCUAUGAGUCUCCAUUUCUACUAUGACAUUCAGAUAUAGGGUCACAUUGAUGUCAUCAACAUGAAAGCAUGGAUCCAUCCUGUCUUGUAUCAAUUGUUCAGGCUGGUGUUGGUGGUGUAAUGGUGUGGGUGAUAUUUUCUUGGCACACUUUGAACCCCUUAGUACCAAUCGAGCAAGGCUACAACGCCGCAGCCUACCAGAGUAUUAUUGCUGACCAUGUCCACCCCUUAUGACCACAGUGUACCCUACUUCCAGCAGGAUAAGGCAACAUUUCAUGAAGCUGACAACAUCUCAGACUGAUUUCUUGAACAUGACAAUGAGUUCACUAGACUCCACAUUCACCAGUUCUCAUCUCCUUUGGAAUGUGGUGGAACAGGAGAUUGUCAUCAUGGAUGUGCAGUCAACAAACAUGGAGCAACUGUGAUGCUUCCAUGUCAUUAUGGACCAAACUCUCUGAAGCAUGGGUACCCAAAGUGGGGAUAGAGUCAAAAGACCACAUCCACUUUAUUUUCUCCUUUUGUUUCAUGACAUGGAUCCCACUUAGAUUUUGACCCUUUAGCUGAAAAAGUUUGGGCACCCCUGCUCUAAAGUAUGUUUCCAGUAUCUUGUUGAAUCUAUACAACCAAUGAUUAAGGUAGUUCUGAAGGUAAAAGGGAGUCCAACACUGUACUAGCAAGGUGUACCCAAUAAAAUAGCUGGUAAGUGUAUUUCCUGUUAUUAAUGAGACAGGUUCAGCCAGCCUUAAACACAUCCAAGACCCCCCCCCCNNNNACACACACACACACACAGGUGUCAUACUGAGCCCUGUGUGGCUUACAGCGUCAACAAAAGACACGUUUAAGUUUUGUGUUUCGUCAUAUGUAUUAUGCAUGCUCUCAUACGAAGAUACAACCUUGCCAAGGCUCCGCUUUGACUCGUCAGUCUUCUGCUGCAUAAACAAUCAGGCAUAAAUGCAUAAACACAGACAAGUGUAAUAAAAAAAGCAAAGAAAGCGUGGCAGUGCGCGCAGCUUUGAUAGAUGAUAAUAAAAUACUGCAGGUUCUGACACACGCAUCCAUCCCAGUUCACCCAAGGCCAUCUGUGAUGGUUCGGCAGACCGUAAUCCAUUACCUGAUAAACAGAUUUGAAAAAUUAAUUCAAAGCCGAGCGUGGAUUUGCUGCUUUCUCUCCUCUGCCAUACAUCUGUGUCUUAUCAGGAGGUAGUAUGUCCUCACAACUCCCAGUCAUGGUCUCUUCGGUCAGCAACUACAGCGUAAUAGAGAUGAACAGGAACAAAUAAUAGCAUUCUUCCUCCUCCACAUCCCACUUUUAGUUUCUGUUGUUGUGAGUAUGUCUAGCGUGUUUAUAGGCUGAUAAGAAGGAAUUCACCAUUUUCCAUCACUAAAGACUGACUAGAAUUAUUGUUACGGAUUGAAGUACCCUGCAUGCACCCAGAUGGCAUGUGUUUGUGUGAGUGUUUGUGUGUGCGCAUCUACAGUACAACAGCUACCGCUCCUCUACCUCCUCUGAACCAGUGUCACCAUUACAGAUGUUCAGGCCGGCCCGUUCCCCAUUGAUUGUUAUUGUUCCACGCUGUUUCACAUUAGCAGGAAGUCUUUAACCUUCGACCCGCAUUGUCCCCACUCUGCUUUUCUGCAAUUGCUCAUGUCGGUGGUGGCACAGAAUAGGAAGGCAUGGUCAUUAACCUCUGUCGGGGAAACACACUUCUUCGUUUGUCUGACAAAGCCCGUUUACACGGCCCUAAUUGGAUUUUAUGUAAGCGUAGAAGAAUGGACGAUUUUUCUUUAAAUGGGCUGAAUUUCAUUAUUUUUUUAGUCCAGUUGUUGUCUUAUGAGUGCCAUAAAAAGUAAAGAACACCUGACAAAAAAAGCAAUAUAAAAAUGAAUCUUUGUUACUUUGCAUGUUCAAACGACCCCUCUUUUUUUAAACUGCCUAUCCACACCAACCCCGACUGUCAAACUCUUCAUCCUCAUUCCUGCAGAGAGGAGUUCUGUAGGAUGUAAAUAUCUGCUGCAUUGUUGUUUUCGUUUUUUGUUUUUUUUUUGUUUUGUUUUUUUGCUUUUUUUAUGUUCUUUUUACCGUGUUCAGACCUAAAACAUUUUUGUGGAGACCUGGUCCAAGCGCAAAAAUAUGGCUCUUCUUUGAUUAUAUUAUUGUCAGAAAAUGUUUUGUAAAAAUUUUGAUGAUAUCAAAAAUAAAAAUAUAAGGGUGGGAAAA